AUGGUUUUGUUAGGGUUUACAAAGGACCCCUAUCCGUAUAUACGAAAAGCUGCUUUGGAUGGACUGGCUGGUUUACCUAAGUCUGUGAUUGUUGACGAUCAAAGCCUGAUUGAAGGUUGCUAUGUUCGUGCGGUUGAACUUUUAUAUGAUAUGGAGGACUGUGUGAGGUGUUCGGCGGUUCGGACGGUUAUUGAAUGGGGGCAAGUGCUUGUGGCAUCCAAUGAAGACCAACGGAAAAAAGAUUGGUCAGAUUUGUUAUUUGUACAGGUUGCGACCUGGUGGCUGGAAAAAAUUGUCCAUAGUGCUGAUGUUGUUGACCUAGAUAACAAUAAACUUCCUGUUGGAUGCCUGGAUCCUUCCAUAGAUAGGAUUUUAAAUAUUUUUCGAAUCUGA